UGAUGAGUCGCGACAGAGGCAAAAGGAAACUUGCAAUGGAGAUGGAAGAGAAAUGAGGAUUCGUUGCGUAAAUGUCCGCACGCGCGUGACAAACGUGAGAGCUCGCAUCACGUGGGAGAGAGCAGGAAAGAGGGUAGGAAAGAGCCCUCGCGCAGACCUUUGAAGGGUAGCGACGAACGCCGUGGCGGAUAGCCACCGACACCCAUAUAAAUCCCAUCUCUGCCAGAGAGAGAGGGAGAGAGGGAGAGAGGGAUGGAAGGAGCGGGCAGAGAGAUGGAAGGAGCGAGCAGUUGGGACGCAAUCGAAUGGACUAAGAUCGAGCCCGUGAGACAGUCGCUAUCCCAUGGGUGGUCGGAGCUUCUGUUGGAAUCUGAGGAAGUUCUCGUCGAGGGUUUUGGUGUUAUUCUCCUAAAUACUGAUGAGGCAGGUACCUUAUUGGUGACAAAUUUCCGCCUUCUUUUUGUGAGCGAAGGAUCUAGGAAGAUCAUUGCGCUUGGCACAAUACCCUUGGCAACAAUUGAGAAGUUCAGUAAACAAGUUACGAAGCCUCCCUCGUACCCUCGUCAAUCUGAUAAGACUCCAUCACGUCGACUUCUCCAGGUUAUAGGUAAAGACAUGAGAAUUAUUGUGUUUGGUUUUCGCACAAAAACUAAGCUGGUAAGUCUUAAGAGGCGUGCUGUAUUUGACUCAUUGUGGAGGGGUACCAGGCCAGUACGUUUAUGGGAUCUUUAUACAUUUGGAUGUUCUCCCAAGUUCAAGAACAGUGACCCAAAGACGCGGUUACUGAAUGAGUACUGUCGGCUUCUUGGGAAAGACCCCUAUGGUGUAUCAAGUAGUAGCAUUGAAGAUGGAUCAUCUUCUAUUUCCAACAAGUGGUGGAGAAUAAGUCGGUUGAAUUCAAACUAUACUAUGUGUCCGACCUAUCCCUUCUCCUUCAUUGUCCCUGAAUGUAUCAGCGAUGAAGAAGUACUACAGGCUUCUUCCUUUCGUGCGAGGUGUCGGUUGCCUGUAAUUUCAUGGUGUCAGUCAGGCACUGGAGCUGUUCUUGCACGUUCAUCCCAACCUUUAGUUGGUCUCAUGAUGAAUUCAAGAAGCAAUGCUGAUGAAAAGCUUGUCGCAGCCCUUUGCACUCAAAAUGGUGGUGAGAGGGGACAACGAAGGAAGCUUUAUAUUGCUGAUGCAAGGCCAAGAAAGAAUGCCUUAGCAAAUGGUGCGAUGGGUGGUGGUUCUGAGUCAUCUUCUAAUUAUUUCCAAUCUGAGGUUGUUUUCUUUGGGAUUGACAAUAUUCAUGCAAUGAGGGACAGUCUUGCUCGACUUAGAGAUUAUCUUGACACUCAUGGUACUACUUCAUCAGAUGGAAUGUCAUCAUUCUUGAGAAAUGGAGGAUGGACUUGGGGAGGGGGCAACUUAAGCAGUAUGUCUGCUUCUGUUUCAACCCUUGGUGAUAGUGGGUGGUUAAGCCAUGUUCACAGUGUUUUAGCUGGUUCUGCUUGGAUUGCUGCAAGAGUUGCUUUGGAAUCAUCCUCAGUGCUUGUCCAUUGCAGUGAUGGAUGGGAUAGAACAACUCAGUUGGUUUCACUAGCUAGUUUGCUGCUUGAUCCUUUCUAUCGGACAUUUAAAGGGUUUCAGGCACUUGUGGAAAAAGAUUGGCUUGCAUUUGGUCAUCCGUUUUCAGAUCGCAUGGGCAUGCCUACAAUAUCUGGAAAUAGUACUAUGUCCUCAGAAUUACCCAGACAAUCUUCAAGUGGGAAUGUUUCAACUUCACCAAUCCGUACAUCUUCAGGAACCUUGCGCACAUCUUCAACUAGCUCUUCAUCACAUCCACAAACAUCAAGCAAUUACUCUCCCAUAUUUUUGCAGUGGGUUGAUUGUGUUUCUCAGUUGUUACGGAUGUAUCCAUGUGCUUUUGAGUUCACCUCGGCCUUCUUAGUUGACUUCUUGGACUGCAUGUUGUCUUGUCGAUUUGGAAACUUUUUAUGCAACAGUGAAAAGGAAAGGCUGCAGUCUCGUAUUUCUGAUACCUGUGGAUGCAUGUGGGUGUACUUGGCUAGUCUGCGACGUUCUGAAGGCUCUUGUCAUGUGCACUGUAACCUCUUUUAUGAUCCCACAAAACACAAUGGCCCACUGUUACCUCCUGCAGCAGCAUUAGCUCCGACACUCUGGCCCCAGUUUCAUCUGAGAUGGGCGUGUCCUUCAGAAGCACAAGCUGGGGAACUUGAAGCUCAGUGUCGGAAUAUGGCUAGGAAAUUUGCCGAUAUCCAGAAGGCAAAAGAGAUGGCAGAAUCAAAGGCUAAAGACGUCAUAACCAGCAUGGAAUCACUAACGGCAGAGUUACUGAAAGAGAGGCAGCUCAGCAGCUCAGCCAUGGAUUUGGCCAAAAGGGCCUGCAGGGAGAGCCUAGCCAUUAAGAGGGCAAUACAGUCGCUUGGAUGCAAGGUGCAUUUCUCAAACAGUGGCGACUGUGCCUUGGACAUGGAAAGCUCGCCGCUCCAAGCAAAACAGAAAUUCGUUCACACUCCUCACAAACUCACGGAUGGAGACAGUGGGCAGCAGGAUGAAAAAUCAGAUCUUUCAGUGUCUAUAUCAGUCAUUGCUGACGACGUAGCUUCUAACAACCUAGCUGGUCAGCCAUGUGAAAAUCUAUGCCCAUUCCGCACAAGAGAGGGGGGUUGCAAGUGGCCUGACGCUGAAUGUGCGCAGUUUGCGAGCCAGUUUGUUGGGUUGACGGCAAACUUUGAUGCAUUUGACCGGCUUUCUAUCUAUGAUUGUUAUUUCGGGUCAGAAUAAGGAGUGGGUGGCAGUUUGAGUUGAGUUGUUUGACCUCCACAGGCUGUCAUCAGAUGAGAGAUAUCUGAGCCGAUUUUUUUCAGGCAAUCAGAUCAGACUCAUCCAUACCCGAUCGGAGGAUUUUCGUGAAGGGAAUUGAAUGGAGUUCCUGAAGAUUCAGGCUGCGGAAUGGAUUUCAAUUUUUCAGAAGAGCCUUCCCCACGCAUUCAAGGUGAUACGGGAUACCAUAUGGGGAGGAAUGCCAUGCUCUCUGCAAAAUGGUGGUGGAAGACAAAAACUCUGCAGUAGCCAAGACUUUGGUUUGUACAUAAAUAAUGGCAAAAAAUGAUUCAAUUGGAUUACGCUUCGAUCAGCAGAAGCGAAGUCAAGAUGAUUCAAUCUAGUGCUGCCAACCUUUGUUUUGUUAGUCAUUUGCAGCUGUGUAUGUACAGCAUCUACUGAUCUGAUACAGCGUUAAAUGUAUAUUUUUUAUCGGGAUGUUAGCUUGAUUUUAAGCUGCAAUCUACUUACUGUAUAAUAUUUGGGCCACUUUGGAAAUAA